GGGAGAGUUGGCCUUUAAACCAGACGCCACCCUGCUGCUUCCAUAAAGAGAAGGCUCCGACGGCUGCGGGCGACGUUCCUAAAAGCAUUGCAACAAGCCACAUUCCGGAGCCUGGGAUCAGUUGGCAACCAAGCCCCGGGCCGCGUAUAUCCACACAACCCACUUCGACUGCUGCCUUGUUCUCCUACCCUUGGGGAGGAGGAGCCGAGCGGGUCAGCCCAGCCCCGGAGAGCUUCUCUCUCUCUCUCUCCGGAAGCCAGCCAGGCCAGGCCCGCUUGCGCACACCUAAGGCCGCUGUUGACGCCGCCGCUGCCGCGCCCGGAUCCGAACUCGACGCCUCUUGCAAAAGCCCAGGAGGGUCCGCUGCAAGAACUCCAUGGCUACCGUCGCCUCCCGGACGCACUCUCCAGGCACGGACAUCUUUGCUACUCGCCACGGCGCCUUUGUCGUCCGCUCUGACCUGGGCUGCUUCCUCCAAACUCUUGACUUCCGCUCAGGUCAAGAUAUCAAGGUGUGGGAGCUUCACCCAGCCUGUCGCGGCGGCGACCACUAUGUGGGAGAUCCCUCCGGUUCGGCCGUAUACCUCCUCCGGGGGGAUGCCUUCUUCAAAGUUGUGGACCUGAGCUCUGAGCCUCCCACCAGUGCCCUCCCGCUUCACCCCAACUGCCAAGGGGGGGACCAUUACGCCUUCUGUGAGGACCGUUUCUUCGUCUUUUUCCUGACCCGCAGCGUUGUCCUCUCUGUGGCUGACUUGGCCACUGGAAGCUCAGCAAAAGAGAUCUCUUUGGAGCCCGGGUUUGCGGAUGGACUGUACUAUUACGGGUCAGACGCUGCUCACCUUGCCUGCUUCAGGAUGGAUGCAGAAAACGGCCUCUGUGGCCAUUUGUGGUCCACGGCGGGACGCAAAGAGGUCUUCUCUGUCCACCCCGACGUGCUUUCCUUCCUCCCUGGUGGCCUGGCUGUCCUUUAUGGACCUUCCUUUGGCGUUUGGGAGUGUGUGAAACUGAUGUCCAACGUCACAGACCUCCCGAUGCCCAGCAGCCAAGACAUUACACGGAAAGUCGGCUAUUCCAAAUCGGCCUUCAGCCCAAAGUUCUCCAUCUCCGGGUCUCUGGAUCCCGAGUCGUUGACGAUCUCCCUUCUUCAGGCUCAGUUUUUGCUCCCCGCCGCUUAUGGCGGGAUUGGGCUGCAAACGGAACAGGAAGAGUGGGAGGAAGUGGCCGAAGAGGAGGAGCCCUUACGGGUGAUCCUGCAGUCCAGGCAGAAGCUGUAUUGGUGGCAAUACUGCCUGGGGCUGGGGAAGGAGCCCGUCCUGUUCUGCCGCUCUCUGAAGGUCACCCGCAGCUCUUCGCCCCCUACCCACGUACCUCUGCCGCUGGCGGACUCCUGAUACCGGUUCGAAGCUCCCGGAAGACUGGCUACAUCUGAUUACUUGUGGUGGGCGAAAUAAAAAAAGGCAGCAGCGUCCCCAGA